AUGAUUUCCGCCUUCCUCUCUCCAGGUACCGACUUCAUCACAUGCCUGAUCACGAUACCCUACACUCUGGUCUUCGAGAUCAUCGACUACAAGAUCUACUACGACCUGGCCUGCAAGACCUACAUGUUUUUCAUCACCUCCACCGUACCCUUCUCGGCCUACAUCAUGGUGGCCAUCGCGUUCGACCGCUACUUCUGCAUCUGCCACCCCUUCCUGCACGCCUUCACCAUCCCCCGGGCUAAGAUCGUCAUCCUCAGCAUGCUCGUCCCAGCCGUGACCUUUGGCAUGAUCACGGCAUUUUCCUUCGGGACCUACGUCGUUGAGGAGCUCUACAUCGACGUCUUAACCGGAAACGGGACCGUGACGUCGACGACGACUUAUUCGGAGGUUCUGAAAGACUUUUCCAAGAACAACAGGAGCGUGCAGAUAGAGUACUUACAUAACACGUCGUUAGUUGUGGCAGACAGGACCUCACACAUUGCCCAUCAGGACCUGUGUCUGCCGAAUAAUUUCCAUUUCAGUCCCGGGUUCUCGCAGGUGUACAAGAGGGUCCACGCCUUGAACUUCCUCGUGGCUUACCUGGCCGUGGCAGUUCUCUACAUCCUCAUCUACAAGUCCAUCUUCACCCGCCGAGCUAACAAAGCCAGGAGGAAGAAGAACAACCUGUACCCCACGUCCGCUGGGAAGCUCAAAGACGACCCUCAAGAAGAGACUCAAAUGACCGUCAUCCCUACUGCUGCCAAGAACAGCCCAAAACUCAUGAACAACCAAACAUCCAAAGACGCCAAAUGUGCAAGGAAGAUAACUCUCACAGCGAGAAACGACCCGGCAGCUGUUAAUAAAUCUGGUUCUAGAAAAUCUUCCGGUACGAUUCCCGCGAUUCCUGAGAUUCAAGAAGACGAACGAACAAACCUGCUGUACGGAAACGAGGAGACCAAAGCAGAAGGCGCGGAGAAUGCCAAUACGUCAAACACUACGUCAUCGACGACGGAUGAGUCUAAGAAUGUCUAUGACGGUGAAGACGUCACAAACACGGAGUCUGAUAAAAACGCUGAACAAGGCCAUUCAGAAAACGAAGCAUCGAAGUACCUGGCUGAGACCAAACACAACGGGUUCGCUAAAACCUCAGAGCUGACCACACGGGAGGUGAACUUCACUGAAGUGGACACCACUGGUGAAAACAGCAACCAAACACCAGACACCUUCAAAAACAACAACACUAACGAAGACGAAACCGCGACCGAUGGAAUCCCAAACGGCGCAAUGCCGGAGGAAAAACCUCUCCUCACCCCACCCCCUCCUGUCAACCAACCACCACACCCAUCCCCGCCUACUACUCUAUCCCUAAAACCGAACUUAACCGCAGACAAAAGUUUCCAGAACGACGCGAAGAACGCGGCCACGUCCAAGAAACACAGCCUAGCGAAACAAGACGUUCAGAACAACAGCAUCAAACGGAAACGGCCGAGCACCGUUCGGGACAGGAACUUGAUGGCUAACAUCAAAACAGCCUUCAUGCUCUUCAUCGUCACGCUCGUUUUCCUAAUCGCCUUUCUUCCAGCGUUGCUAAUGGCCAACGAAAUCGUGACAAUGAACUUGAAUGUUUUCUACAGCUACUUCAUAUACAACGUGGCCAACCCGUUCAUCUACGCCUUUAUGAACCAAACAUUCAGAGAAGACUUGAAGAAAAUUAUCGGUUUCUGCUGAGAAAAAUGAGAAACUUUGCUGUGAAAUUCGCCCUGUAUAAAAACAAAUUGUUGAACGAUCUUAGAAAUUGUAUUUGUUCCUGCUCAUUUUGUUUUGUUUUAUAAAGUGGUUGUCAUUUCAUCAUACAAGACAAAAAUAUGUCUUUGGAUAAAGUUCAGAAAACGGGUCGAAGAAGCUGAAGCUUUUCUAAUUAUGAUCAUGAUCAUAUCACUGAUUGGAAUAUUUAUUUGAGUUCGAUUCUCGAGGUCUAAAAGAUUUCCGAAAUGUGCCAUUUAGACAUCAACUGUGAACAUAAUUAUACUGAUCCUCUAUUGAAACACAAAUGAAGUUCUUAAAACUAAAUUUGAAUUCACAUAGUAUAGAGCCGAACUGGAGCUUAACUUGGAGCUAAAAGAGCUA